AUAAAGAUGGCGGAGCAUGAAUUUCCUCUUCAUCAGAGUGUAUUUAAUGGAGAUGUUAAGCUCGUUUCAAAGCUCAUUAGAACAUGUGAUGUAUCACAAAAAGAUAUUCACGGUAAGCAGUUAUACUAAAUAUAACAUAUAUUGUAAUUAGGCGUUGGAAUAUUAAGCUAAAAUUCGUUUUUCUUCAGCUCUUGUAUGGUUGACCCUACCUGAGCUCUACCUCACCAAGAGUAAGACCAAUAAAAUAUUAUAUAAGUUUAAUAAAUCAAUUUCAAGGCUUCAGUUCAGUCAAAGUCUACAUCAAUUUGACUUAUCGAAGGCUCUUUAAGUCUAGACCCAAUCGAUUAAAAACACUGUGACUUUCAAAUAAGUAAUUAUUUAUAGUAAAUAGACCUAAUAUUUUAUUAUUAAUUAUAAUUAUAAAGUAUAAUAAUUUAGCAGUGAAUACUCAUUUAUUUAUACAUUUUUACAACAUAAUACAACACAACAAAUUAAAUAGCAGUACUUUUUCCCUUUAUCCCAACAGAAGUUAUGCCCACCUUUCAUAACCUUUGUUUUUUAAUUAUUACAGGAAACACCCCACUUCACAUUGCAAUUAUGUUGGGUCACAAAGGUAAUGUAAUUAUUUUUUUUGAAAUUCUAUAUGUAAUUAAAACAUUUUAAAAUUCUAAUUCUCAAUGUUCAGAAGUUUUUGGAUGUUAAAUAAGAAUUAAUACAUUUCUAUCUUCUCAUGGUAAAUCCUACAAUUUGUUAUAGUGAGGGUAGACUUCAAAGGUUAUGGUACAAUUUGACAGGUAAAUGUAAUGAGUAUGUCAGCUAGAAGUUUUUACUUGUUGAAAAGUGAAACAGUAGAUAAAACUGAAGUAAGAAAAGAAAGCUGAAAAAAAUUGUAUUUAUAUUUAUUAUAGGGUGGCAGGCAAAAAUUUCUAAACAGUAGAUUGUUGAACUGAGACUCAAAUCAUGUGCUUAAAUGUAAAAUUUAUAUAUUUUAUGUCAGUUUAAAAGAAAUACUAGAGAUGAUGAAGUAAAAAAAGUAAAACAAUCAAUGUGUAAUUAUUUUAAAAUCUAUGCCUUUAUAGGAAGAAAAAAAUUAAAUAACUUAGCUCAAUAAGUAGGAUAGUGUAUUUCCAGUCCAAGAAGAAACAGUGAAGUGAUAGUAAACUAACAAUAAUGGGUAAGGAAAUACAAGAAAAUAGUUCUCACUUACUAUGUGUUCCCCACAUAUACCUUUAACCUUGAACAAAUCUUUUUCAGAGUGCAUCCAUUUACUCCUAGCCCAUGGUGCUCCUGUGAAACUAAAGAAUUCCAUGGGAUGGACACCUCUAGCAGAGGCAAUAAGUUUUGGAGACAGGCAAACAAGUAUGAUUUUUUUUUUUAUACUUUAGAUAAACUGAUAUUCUUAUUCAUAAAUGUGUCAUUUUUUAAAAAUUAGUGCUGAUGCAACAAAGAGACACAAUAUUUGUAUUAGCAUUAUGAUUUCAUUUUGACAAGUAUAAACUUGAAAUGAAAUUGGGUAGAUCACUGUGAAUCAUGAAAAGAUCAGAUAAAAGCUCUUUAUUAAAUAUCACCCUGUUGAAAACAAGAAAUUUGGAGUCUAUAAAAAUAUUUUUUUAAUAUAUUUAAUAAUAAAUAACAACCUUUGAAUGUAAUGGGUUUUUAAUUUUGGACAUUUUAGCUGGGAUUUGUUUUAAUUUUAAAAUAUAACUGUUUUUGGAUUAAUUCUCAUGUCAACAAAUAUUUUGUCAUAGUACUCUCUGUUCUACGAAAGCUAAAGCAGCAAUCUAGAGAAGCAUUAGAAGAAAGACGACCCAUGUUAGUUCAAGCCUUGAAGGAUAUUGGUGAUUUUGAUCUAGAACUUAAGUGGGAUUUUCAAAGUUGGGGUAUGAAACUAACUUUAAAACAUUUUAGAUUUAUUGUAGGUUUUAUUAUUACAGACAAAAAGAAAGAAAAUAUAUUUGAAGGAACCUUUUCUUUUAACUACUGGUUAACCUUAAACAGGGUCCUUGCACAAAAAAAGUUGAGAACAAUUACUUAAGAUAGUAAAUGCCAAUGUUUAUUUUUUCAGUUAAAGCUUAUUAAUUUACUUUUUAAUCUGUUUCAGUGCCUUUAGUGUCAAGAAUUUUACCUUCUGAUAUUUGUAGGAUAAGAAAGAAAGGAUCCAGAAUAAGGUAAUUAAAAGUGCCUUGUUUUAUUUUGUUAUUUCUGCGCACUUUCUCAACAAUAACAUUUAUGUUUUAACUUAAUGAUUUGAAUUGUAUCCUUUGAAAUGUGGUUUAAAGGAAAAAAAUAUUUCCGAUUUCAGCUGUAGUGUAAAUGGAACUUUAUACACAGAAGGUAGAUUUUUCACUGCAGGUUAUUAGAACUUUGAAUUUUAGCUCAUAAACUUUAAACAAAAUUUAACAAAUUUUCAAGAGGUGUAAUUUUUUAUUUUAUUUUAAAUAGGUUAGACACAACUCUAGUAGAUUUUACAGAGAUGCGAUGGGAAAGAGGGGAUAUCACUUUUCUGUUUAAUGGAGAGGCCAAACCAAGACAAAGUCUCUCAGUGCUAGACAACAAAGCUGAGGUGUAUCAGAGAGUCAGAUAUGAGGUAAGAAGCUUCAUCAUCAUGUCCUAGCAUUUUUAAUGUGCUCUAGUAAAGAAGUUUAAAUUUGAUUCUACCAAGCAAAAUUGUUAACUUUUACAGUCCGUUGGGUAACUCAAAGGUGACUAUUGAAUGACUAAUGUAAAUUAAAGCCCAUAGGUGUUGUAAUUUUUUUAAUAUCAAAGAUGUCUCUCUUGAAAUUUUGUGCUUAAAUAAAAUGAAUAAUUUUGUUUAUUGAAAAUAAUGUUAAAUAAUAUAAUUUUUAAGAUAGAUUAUUCAUUGUAUACUUCUUCUGAUAAUUAUACAUUUUAUAAAAUAUUGCUUAGAGCUGAAUUAGAUUACAUUCUCUUUUUGGUUUGAUGUGAAGAAUGUAUUUUUUGUUCUCCUGUUUGCCAUUACGUAUUUUGGAGGUCAUUGGAAAAAAAAGUGGUUUUCUUUAAAUUUUAAAUAAACAAAAAUGCCAUCAAACUUCUUUAAGAUUCUUUACGUCAAGCAAGAGCUCACUAUGUUUACUCCUUUUGGGCUGAAUAAUUAUAGUAAUGUUCAGCUGAAAGUUACUUUUAACUGUUAAUUUUCUCCUCUUCUUUAAAAAUAAGGUCAUGAAAAAUUAUUUUAAAAUCUAGGACAGUGAACUUGAGCUGGAAGAGGAGGUUGACAUUCUUAUGAGCAGUGACAUAGUUGCAGCUCAGAUGUCAACAAAGAGGAUUACAUUUUCAAGAGCUCAGAGUGGAUGGCUGUUUCGAGAAGAUAAAUCUGUAUGACUUUUUAAAAUCUUAAAAUGUUGAGGUUGGGAUUUCGAAAUGAAGGAGCACUUAUUUGUUUCCUUUCAGAUGUCUGCUUAUGCUUUGAGUUUUUUUAAAAAACCCUUUCUUUGUUUUUAGUGUGGAUAUUUAAAAUUAGACUUUUAUAUUGAACUCCCUGCAUAUAAUAACUGUUUUCUACUAAAACUCUGUAUUGUAUUGGAGAGUCCAAUCAGCAUAUUCUGUAAAUCAAAUUGAUUGAAAAAAAAAUAAACAACCCAUGUAAGGCUUAAAUUGCAGCUUAUUAUUUUAAUAUUUCUGAUAAUUUACUAUUUGUGUCAUAGGCUAUGAUUUGGUUUUAGCCUUUGAAUUUAAAAGCAUUAUAGGGUGUGAGGUUGUCGAUUUCAAUAGAAACUAGGACUUAACCGGGUGCAGUUUUUUUAACACUGGGCCUGGGUCCUUGUUUUUUUUUAGAAAAACUGGAUUGGUCCAAGAGUUACAAAAAGAGAGUCAACUUCUCAUCUGCUAUAAAAUAUGCGUACCUUUAAAUAAUAGGCCUACAGUCCUACACCCUACCACUGGCCUUUAAACAAUAGUCAUAUGGACAGUCAUACACCAUACCUGUGGCUCUUUAUUGAUUAGUAUAAUAGUCACCUCCCCUAUUGGAAAAAGCCUGAGUUCAGAUAUGGUGCAGGAAAGCUUGCUGCAUGACAGCCUUUUUUCCUUUCAUUACUAUUAAUAUAAAACAUCAGGGGGCGGAUGUUGUGAAGAGGCAGCAGGAUGAACCAGAAGCAAAAUAUAUAAGAGAUUGUUACAAAUAAUAUUUCACACUCGAAAAUUGAAAAGUAUUUAAAUUUAUUUCAUAUCUGUUUUUAUUCCUUUGAUUUGGAUGUCAGAAUUUUUAUAAUUAUUUAUUUAUUUUUUCUAUUUAAUUACAGGAAAUGGUGGGAGAUUAUAGUUCUGAUUUUUACAGUGUAAACAAUCUUGUUCUAGAAUCCAAGAAGAGGUCUGUUGCAACAAAUUAUUUUACCCCUUAUUAUCACAUAAGUGUUUAAUCUUAUUUGUUUUAUAUUACUCCCCAAAAUAAUUCUUUUCUUUUGAAGUAGUUCAUAGUUUUAAUUCAGAAACAUAAUAAUAAAGAAGAAGUUUUUAAUUUAGAUCUAUUUAUAUAUGGAUACAUUUUUUUUUUAAAGUUGGAUUUUGACAACUACAAGUAGAUUUUACUGUUCACACACUAUUUGAUAGUUUCAGUUUUUUUGUAGUUUCAGUUUUAUUUUUAAACAUUGAAUGAAGGUCAACAUAUUUAUUGGUAGAUAAAAGGGAAUAUCUUUUGUUAACUACUCUGCAGACGAGAACAUUUAUCAACUGAAGACAUCCAAAAGAACAAAGCUAUCAUGGAGAAUUUCAGUAAAGGCUCAUGGGAUAAUGCUGAAGCUUCAAAUGGAGUAAUUGUACAAUAUCUUAUAAUGUUAACAUAAAUGUUCUGACAUUAAAAUAUGUUUAAUAAGCUCAUUAAUAUUUCAUAAAACGCAUAUAUUAAUGUAACACUGGGGAGCAUGUUAAGAAUGUUUUAUCGUAAUUACAUUUGUUUUAAGCUCUACCUAAGAGUAAAUAUUUUAUGUGAUUUAAGACCUUUUCUGCUGGCUCAAAAAAACACAUUAGCCACAACAGGUUUUUCUGCACAUUAUUUUUCUCCCCCAAGAUGAUCAGAACAAUUUCAUUUAUAUUCCUUUGUGUAGCGAGGAUCUCACCAUCUCUUUGUUAGAUAAAAAUUGCACUGAGAACCUGAACCUGCGUAAUAUAAAACUGCAGAAUAAUUCACGCUAAAUAAAUUAUUUUAAUUAACCUUUGUUGAAGGUGCUUAAGAUGUAUUAACCGCAUUAAAUUUUGGAAUUUAAAAAAGAAGAUUUUGUUAGUUUGCUUAAAUUGUGUGUGGAUCUUGUUUUUUCUAGCUGGAACGGCGCAGAUCUCUACAGCCCCCUGAAAAACCUAAAUGUACUUGGAAUGAAUACAUUAUGGGACCUGCAGGCAAUCCUCCAUGUUUAGGACGACAGUGGAUAUCAAAAGAGAGUUCAAAAGCUUUUAAGGCAACAGUUGCAAUGGUAAGAGGACCAAUAAAGGGAUUUUAAAGCUGUAAUUGCUUGUACAGAGAAACGGGGUGACUUUGCCUACUUUUGGCCUUUAAGCAUAAAUUUCAACAUGUUAACUGAUCUAAAAACUAACACAAAGGUGCUAAUGUACAGAAUGGAUACCUGCACUUCAUUUGUUAUAGCUGAAUUAAGUCAUAGUUUGAUCAGGUUAAGUUGAUAAUUAAGGUUUUUUGAGAUUUUUCAACCUAAGGAAAAAUGGGGUGACUUUGCCCUUUUAGUGAAAGACAGCACAAUGCAUGUAGAAAUUAUAAAACCAAGCAAAUAAGUCAUUUUAUUUUCUGUAUUUACUGUUUGAUCAUAAUAUUUUAAUGUAAUGAAAGGCUGGAAGAAAAUAUUAAAACAGUUUACAUAAAAAAGAUUAAAAAGACACGAACAAAUUGUGACAAUAUAAAAAUAUAAGUUACACUUUUAUAAUAAUUAUACAUUAUACACAAGUAAACGUUUUGGCACAUGUCUUCAUCAGUACAAACAAAAAAAUACAUUUAAAUAAGUAUAAAUUAAAUUUACAUAAUAUAAAUAUACAUAUCCUACCUAAAAAAGAAAAAAAUAGGAGAGGGCGCUAAUAUAACGUAUCAUGUAUAAUUAUUAUUAAAGCGUAACUUAUAUUGUUAUAUUGACACUAUUUGUUCGAGUCUUAUUAAUCUAUUUUAAAGCUUUAUUGCAGUCCAACACUUUUAUAAUUAGUUAAUUACAUAAAAAAUGAUUCUCGGUGAUUUAUUUUUUUGAGGCAAACCUUCGUCGUAGGUUUUCGCAUUUUCUCCAUCUAAUUAAAGCUUUUUCGCUGUCAUCAAGAUUAAUCCAAAAUAAAAAAAUUAGACCAAAAAAGUAAAUUAUUUCUAGUUGAGGCAUGCCGAAAUCUGAUGAUGUCUUUAGGUGCUUUACUAAGUUUACUUUAAUUCUUCUGACAAAGAGCUUGCCCUCCAGUUGUUUUCUUGUGGCUACGGUACCUUUUAUGCUAGCUUUUCUUUUUUAGUGGGAGCAGAUGUGUACAUUAUCAUAAACGCUAAAUUUUAUUUUUCCUUCUAACAAAUAUUAUCAGCAUGUUAAAAAAUAUUACAGGUAUCAUUUGGAAUUUAGUGCAUUUAGCAAAUAUGUGUGUAAAUCUUUUCUUUUUUUUUUUUUAACUUAUGUUAGACACUAUCAUAGGAGUGUGUGAUUUUUAUUUGAUGAAUAUCUAAAAUAUCCUUUCAGAGUGAUGAGUUUCCCAUGACAGUAGAGGUGUAAGUAGUUUUAGUUACAUUAAUUGAUUUAUAACAGGUGCCAUUAAGUUAAACUGGAAGGUUGAGAAUCCAACUUAAAUAUUGGGUUAGAUUAUGGUUGUAAAUACCUUCACUGUUACCUGUGCGUAGUGAAAUCAACUAUCUUUUAAUUUCAGAUUGCUGGAUGUACUGGAGGUGGUUGCACCAUUCAAACAAUUUCAGAAGCUCAGGGAUUUCAUGACAUCUAAGCUUCCACCUGGUUUUCCAGUAAGAAUAGGUCAGUGCAAAAAAAAAAAAAAAUGAACCUUUUUUCUUUUUUCUUCAGCAAAUUUAUUGAUUUUAAUGUAGUUCUUGCACACAAAAAAACUUGCAAUACCACCUCAACUCUCAGAUUAUAACCCCAUGUUAUAACUGCAGAUCAGCCAGUCAUAACAUUGUUUGAUCCACUUAUAUUUUUCACUUAAAACCACAUAUGAUUGAAUGUCUAAGUUUAUUGCAAACACAUAGCAUCUCAAUUAAAUUUAAUAACACAAUUAUUUGAAUUCACCACUUCUUUUCAUAUGUAAUUUCACAAAUUUUUAUACCUUGUUUAUGAAAAUGAUGUCAGAUGUAAAUGUUGUAAUAGGUGCCUGUCACACUGCACAUGAUUUUAUACCAGAAAAAACAUAGGGUAAAGAUAAUGAUUGUUCAUCACUGCCCAAAAAAUUCCAUAAGUAGUAGUGAUGGGUUAAAUGUGCUUCAAACAUCAAGAAUGAUAUGAAUGAAUUAUUCUGAAUUUUAAUUUUUGAGAUGAAAGGAAUUCUUAUUAAUGAAAUUAACUGCACUACAUUAAAAAUUUAAAAAACAUUUUUAAACAAUUUAUUAGAAUAUAUAUAUUUUAAAAUUGUUUUUAGCCAUUUAGUUAUGCUAAAAAUUUAACAAUUUUGAAAAUACCUGUAUUAGCCUUCGCUAAAAUUCUAUUCUAUUUUAUAAUUAUCAUUUUUUUAAAUGCUUAAACUAUUAAAGAAAUUUUUUUUUUCUGACCAGAAAUCCCAGUGUUCCCAACAAUCACAGCCAAAGUAACAUUCACUAAUUUCCAGUGGAAAGACGACCAAGACAAGAGUCUGUUUUCUAUACCAUCACACUACAAGGAAGACCCAGGCCGAUUUCCUGAAUUGUGACAAUACAUGGAACUGUACAUCAUCCACAUCAUCUGUAGCAUGAGGAUGGACCAGCCCUACCUGCUCAUUGAGAAGGCUGUGCCUCAGGAGGCACCCACAGUUGAUGCACAAUAUCAAGCUGUUAUGGGGAAAAACUCAGGAACUGUUUGUAGUAACUUGUCAUCAGUUGAUGAUCACAGUAGUGAUUCACCGUUUAUAUCCCACCCUGUAGCUAGUGUCUUACCUGUACAAUGUAAAGCUCAUUAUGAAUGUUUAGAAGCGAAGAACAAACAAGAUCAUGAUGGCACUUGUUCUCAUUGCUCAUCAAUUUGUGGUUAUCAAGAUGGGGGCAAUGUUGUUGAUGAAAUUGUUGAAAGAGUGGAUGACCCCCUGUCACUGCUAAUGAAAGGCAAGAAAAAGCUGCAGAGCUUUCUCCAGAAGUUUACACUCUUUGGCACGGAAAAUUCUGAGCUCAAAGAAUGUUCUACUUGUACCAACAGUCAAGUCAUCUACUCUACUACAAAAGAUGACUCUGCAGCUGAUGUUGAUUUUGCUUAUGAACAAAGUAAACUAAUUUGUCCACUCAUGCACUUAGAUUGCCAUCAAAAUAUAUGUUUCAAUGUUGAAGAAAGUUCAGAAGAUGUUUCAAAACGAGAUUGUGGAAAUUCUAGAAAACACUCCAGGGGUUUCGUCAAGAACAUUCACACACUAAAAGAAGCAUCCAAAAAGCCUGCUACCUGUUUGCCACCCCAAAGGAGCUUUAGUGGUGACAGGGAACACAAAGAGGUCAACAUCUGUGCUAUCUUAUCAGAGGAAAGCAAAAACCAAUAUUCUGAUAUUACGAUAGACAAACGCUCGCAUAUAUCCAGCAAAUGCAGAUCACAUGAAAUGUUUCAAACUUCUCAACUGGAUGACAAUAAUGAUUUGAGAACACCUGGGAUGUGCCACAACAGAGAAAUUUGUUCAGCAUCAGGAGAAGAUAAGGCAACUGAAUGCAUUUUAAAAAUGGAUGAACAGCCAUUUUCUGAUGGCCAGUGUGAACUUUGUUGUAGGAAAAUUCAAAACAUCGAUGUAGCAGCACCUGGAAUUAUAGAUGUGCCUGAAGCUACAGUGAAAAUAAAAAAGUGGAAACAAAAAAGCUCCUGUAAGGGUAGCCGCAAACAAUUUCGUAAGUUACACGAAACAGAGUCUCAGCCACCAAGGCGUAAAAGAAGAGGAAAAUUACCCUCAGAAGCUGGGCAGGUGUCUGAAAAUUUAGUUUGUCCCUUAGCAGAUGAUAUAAUGAAACCAAAAGACGCAAUCGAUGUAGCACAUUUAGAAAAAAAGAUGAAUGGUGACAUGGUAUGUUUAGAUCUGCCAUUGACAAAUUUUGGUUUUUACAGCGGUGAGG